UUUACUGAUAGACUUGGUUAUUGGUUUGCUUGCUUGUCACUGGCUAGUACAGUGGUUGCGGUCAUGCGCAAUAGCUUUGUUGACUUCAACUCCAAAAUGGCAGACAUAGACAAGUACGGGGCUGAUGCAAAGAAUGUUCAAGAUUUAACUGCAUUUGUACAAACAUUGUUGCACCAAAUGCAAGAAAAGUUUCAAAACAUGUCUGACCAGAUCAUCAAUAGGAUUGAUGACAUGGGAACACGGAUAGAUGACUUAGAAAAGAAUAUAGCUGACCUCAUGACCCAAACAGGUGUCAGUGAUGGCAACUUGUAAAUCAUCAAAUAAUACAGUGGACCAAGCCUAACUUAAAAAUUAGAUGUUUAUUGUAUGCACAUUAUAGACUGGUUAGGGUAAAAUUAAAAUUCAAUAACUUAUGUAGAAACAGAAAUAAAAAUUAUGUUACUAGAACAUUAAUUAAACCAUUGGAUUAAAUGACCUGGAUUGAUACAACCUUGCAAUUUUUUGUAUUUCAAACACCCAAAUAAAGAAUGCUUAAAAUGAACUUUGUACCACUGAAGCUAUUUAAUUUUGUUUUCUGUCUGUAGUUUUCAGUUGAAAAGUAGUGUUGGAAUGGUUGUUGAACCGUUGUUGUACAUUUGUGUUUAAGGAAUGUAUGCUUUUACAAUCUGUAUCAAUAAAAUAUGAAAAUCAA